AUGUCGGCAUCCCGCUUCAGACCUAUUCGACCUCAUAUUCCAGGUGCUACAGCUUCUGUAGUUGACGAAUCAGAAAAUGACACAGUAAAUAACGUCUCGAUAAAGAGACGAUCAACCGCUUGCAAUGAAUGUCAGCGUCGACGAACAAAGUGUAUUUCUGGAAUCCCGUGCUUAGAGUGCACGAAACGCAACUCUCGUUGUAUUUUCGAAGAGAGUUCUGACAAGCGACGCAAGAGCUACGAAAGAAAGAUAGAAGAACACCUGAGAUACUACCGAGGAUUAUUGGAUGACCUUUUGGAAGCAAUACGGCAUUCAAGUGAUGAUAACGUCGAUCGUAUCUUCAAUAUAGUGCGGUCUGGAUCAUCAAUAAGCGAAAUACAGUCCAUGGUGAAAGAAGGUCUUUCGGAGAGUGAAUCUUUUCGUCCUGCUCCGUGA